CCACGAUGCCCGCCGCGGCUGCCUCCGGCGGCGGCGUGGCCGACGCCGAGGAGCUCUUCCGCACCAGGCGCAUCGCCGAGAUCCGCGCGGCGGAGGCCGCCACGCGCCGCGAGAUCGCCGCCAAGGAGGAGGACCUCCGCCAGCUCGUCGGCCGCAGCUACCGCGACCUCCUCGACUCCGCCGACUCCAUCCUGCUCAUCAAGCACUCCUCCGACGCCAUCUCCCGCAACCUCGCCCGCGUCGCCGACUCCCUCUCCUCCCUCUCCCCGCCGCCCCCCGAGGCGCCCACCAGCGCCGCCCCGUCCGGCGCCCGCGCGCGGCUCUACGCCGCCGCGGCCCGCGCCAAGUACCUCGUCGACACGCCCGAGCACAUCUGGGGCCGCCUCGACGAGGGCAUGCUCCUGGAGGCCGCGGGGCGGUACGCGCGGGCGCAGGCCGUGCACCGCCUGCUCUCCCGCGACGCCGCCGCCGCCGCGCGCUUCCCGCUCCUCGCGCACCAGGCGCAGCUCGUGGAGGCGUUCCGGCCCCAGAUCGCGCAGCGCGCCCGCGAGCGCCUCGCCGACCGCCGCCUCCCCGUCGCGGCCCACGCCGACGCGCUCGCCGCCGUCGCCGCCAUCGACGCGCCGUCGCUCACCCCGUCCCAGGCGCUGCUCCUGCUCCUCUCCUCGCGCCGCGCCUGGAUCUCCCAGGCUCUAGCCGACCUAGCCUCGGAUCCGGCCGCCUACGCCUCCGUGCUCUGCGACGUCGCCCGGAUCGUCCGGGUCACCCUCGGCCACGUCGGGCAGCUGUUUGUGCACGCGCUCACCGAGCUGCCGCUGUUCUACAAGACGGUGCUCGAGUCACCGCCCCCCGCGCAGCUGUUCGGUGGCAUUCCAGACCCUGACGACGAGACGCGCAUGUGGAGAGAGCACUGGGAUCAGCUUGAGGCUACCAUGGUGCUACUUGAGCCCGAUGCUGUGGCACAAACCUGUACAGGCUGGCUUAAGGAAUGCUGCGAUGAGAUCUUCGGGGUGGUUGCGGGCGCGCAGAGGCUAGUUGACGCCAUUGGAAGUGGGGAGGGGCUUGGCUCGGUACAGCGGCUUAUGCGUGAGACGCUAGAUGGGAGGAAAGGACUGGAAUCGAGUUUGGAGCAGUGGCUCAAGAGCGUGUUUGGGUCAGAGAUUGAAUCCCCAUGGGAUCAAAUCCGCGGGUUGAUCUUGAAAGAAGGGAAGGAUGUGUUUGAGGACUGGAUGGAGGAAGCAUUUGUCCGACGAAUGAAGGACAUUGUUCAUUCAGAAUUUGAUAGCUUGGGUGGCACUGUUAAUGUGAUGGAAUCGGUUGAGGCGAUCGGUGCCAAUGCUGAUCCAAAGGAUGCUGCCGAUUUCCUGGUGCAUAUGAGAAAAGCUUCCACUGGAGGCAGCGUAUGGUUCUCGGAGUCUAAGAUCAAGAAAGGGGGAGUUUUGGCACACUUGAAACCGAUUGCUGACGAGAAUGACUUCCACAGCUGCCUAGACUCGUAUUUUGGGCCGGAAGUUAGCCGCAUCAAGAAUGCAAUUGACAGCAAAUGCAAAAGUAUUCUUGAGGACCUGUUAAUCUUUGUUGAGUCACACAAUUCUGUUCCGAGGUUGAAGGAAUUGGUGCCCUACCUUCAGGAGAAAUGCUACAGGACCAUCUUGGGAGUACUGAACAAUUUAGAAGCCGAACUGGGAAAGCUCUCUGAUUCAUUGGGAACCAAAAGGGGUGAUGUCAGUGAGCUUGCUGCAUCCAUUAUUGUGGAGAGGUCUCUUUUCAUUGGCCGCCUCUUGUUUGCGUUAAGAUAUCAUUCAAGUCAUGUACCCCUGAUACUAAGCUCCCCAAGGCAGUGGGUAAAGGAUUCUGGUGGUGCAGCAUUUGCCAGGUUAUCAUCGCCCACGCCAAGACAUUCAAGAGCAUCGUUUGAUUCGGCGGUACCUUUUACCCCCAGGAGGCACACAUUUGACAGCCCUAGGAGUCCUGGAAAUCAGUUUUCUGACAGCCCAAGAAGGCAACCUCUUGCUGCAGCUGCUUCCUUGUUUGGUGCUGAUGAUAGCUCCAAUCCCAAACUUGAUGAACUCAACAGGACCUUAAAGGCACUAUGCAUUACAGCUCACACUUUGUGGAUCACAUGGGUGGCCGCUGAAUUGUCGGGCCUUCUUUCAUAUGCUCUUAAUGCAGAUGAUUCAUUAGCGUCAUCAGCCCCUUUAAGGGGAUGGGAAGUAACAGUCAUCAAACAAGAGGAACCGACUGAUGGACCCGUGGAGAUGCAAAUCGCUCUUCCAUCCAUGCCUUCACUGUACAUUAUAUCUUUUCUUUACCAAUCAUGUCUGGAGAUACAUAAAAUUGGAGGGCACAUCCUGGACAGAAUUGUAUUGCAUAAGUUUGCGUGGGAGUUACUACAGAAGGUUAUCAAUAUCUAUGAAAACCUUUUGGCAUCUAUCGAGUUAGGUAACUCACAGGUUUCAGAUAAAGGUGUUCUGCAAAUACUGCUAGAUCUGCGUUUCAUUGGUGAUAUCCUAUCAGGAGGCAAAAAAUCUCCCACCAACUCUUCUGAAACACAAGUGAAACAGGACUCUUUACCAAGCACCAUGGCUAAGAGUUCCUACAGGAGAAAACAAUCACAAUUCCAGGCAGACUCAGCUACCAUAGAACCGAUAAACAAGUUGAUAAAUAAAUUCUCACAAAGACUGGAUCCAAUAGACUGGGCAACGUAUGAACAUUACUUGUGGGAGAAUGAGAAGCAGUCUUACAAACGCUGCGUUGUUCUUUUCGGUUUCUUGGUUCAACUGAAUCACAUGUAUACUGGCGCCGUACAAAAGUUACCAACAAAAGCAAACACCGAUUCAAAUAUUAUGAGGUGCUCUCAGGUUCCAAGAUUCAAAUAUUUGCCAAUCAGUGCCCCAGCUCUAUCAUCAAGAACACCCAAGUCAUCACUACAGUCACCAUCUGAGGAUUCAGCAUCUAGAAGCCCCUGGAAAUCAUAUUCGAAUGGCGAAAGAUCUACCGCCUCAGAAUAUGAUAAUAAUGCAAGUCUUGGAAGUGCUGCUCCAUUGCUCAAGUCUUUUGUUACCCAGGUUGGGAGCAAAUUUGGGGAGAACACAUCGAGAUGGGGGUCCAUGCUCUCUGAUGGGCAGGUUGGGAAGCUCAGCGACAUUCUUCCUGGGCCAGCAGCUGGGUUCUUCUCAUCUUUCACAUCCGGUGUUCGCUAUGAUUCAUAGUCUGUGAAGGCGUCAACCUAAGCUUUCAGUCGGUACCUCAAAUGGAAACGCGUGUCAGCAUGGCUGCGGCAGCUCUUGUGAUGAAUGAGAUCUGGUGCUGGAAAUCUGUUGCUUACACAAUGACAACACGUAGCUGGCCCAGUGGUGCUCAUCACAUCGUACCAAGCCUCUUACGUUUUAUUAUGAUCCGGCGGGCACAUGAGGAGAGCUCCAGCAGAUCUGAUGGCGCUCAAGAUUGGCUUGCUUAACCUGCAGAUAUGGAACAAGUGGUGAUACGAGGAAUCAAAUCCUUUUUUAUACGUGCUUCGUGCGUGCAUUUUGACAAGGUAUAUAAGAGAAAAGCAGUUGCAGCUUCCUACUGAAAUUAGCUGACCAUAUUUGGAGGGACUCGUCAAUCAUUGGCCUCAUGAAAAGAAUUUUGGAGUCCAUUUUUUUUUCUUUCUCGUCUCUGGUGAUUUGGGAGCAUAUGUUAUGUUGGAACAGCGAGCGGUUGUGGUUUCCCAAGCGUGGUAAAUUUCCAUGUGUAGUUGUUGUGUACACUGCAAAUAUAGCAAUAAAGCAUGUAUUAUUCUCCUUGAAACUA